UUACUCUCUAUAUAGGUAUAUCUCCCCAUCUACGCGCUCCCUCUACGCGCUCCCUCAGCAAUGCUCCCCUCGCGCUGCCUGCGCCGCGCCGCCGCGCCUAGAAAGCCGCCCACCACCCCGCGCAAACCAUUUCCCCGCAGCGUCGCCGUCAUCACCGCCAUCGGCUCCGUCGCCGCCUUCUACCAGUACCAGUCGGGCGGCCGCAUCCACCGCAAUGUCUACGCCGAGGCCCACGCCCCCGCCCCCCGCUUCGAGAAGCACUACCGCGUCGGCGCAACCCCCGAGGAGACGCGCGACAUAAUCAGCUCCCAGCACCUGCAGGUCAAGCGCAGCUGGGAGCAUCCGGGCGUGUACGCGUGGGGCUCCAACACCGGCAAGGUCGUCGCGCCAGACUCGGACGAGCAAUUCGUAAAAACCCCGCGCCGGAUUCCUUUCUUUGACGGCGUGCUGCUGCGCGACAUUAAGCUGGACCGCUCCUUUGGCGCUGCUAUCAAUGAGAAGGGAGACCUGCUGCAAUGGGGCACUGGGUUUGACAAGGAACACUCCCAGCCCGCUGUCACGCUGCGCGGCAAGGACUUGAGGUCCCUCGUCAUCAGCCGGGACCGCAUCAUUGGCCUCAGCGGCAGCGGUAAUGUCUACUCGGUCCCCGUGGCCAAGGCCGAGCAGGAGAAAGGCAACAAGCCCUCCGAGAGCUCGUGGGUGCCCUUCCUCUCUUCCACCUCUCCCAUCGCCUACCGCACUCUUGAGCCCAAGAGCCUUCCCUGGGGCGAGAAGGUCUCCGCCCUGGCCGGCGGCCUCGAGCACGUCCUGCUGCUCACAGACAAGGGCCGCGUCUUCUCCUGCGCCGCCAGCGACUUGGACUACCCCUCCAAGGGCCAACUCGGCAUCCCCGGGCUGAGCUGGAACACGCGGCCCGCGGGGCCCUACGACCAGCCACACGAAGUGUCGACGCUGCGCGGCUUUGACAUCUCCAGGAUCGCGGCCGGCGACUUCCACUCCCUUGCCGCGGACAAGGACGGCCGCGUCUUCUCCUUCGGCGACAACGCCUUCGGCCAGCUCGGCUUCGACUACGACGCCGACGUCCCGUUCGUCGACUCCCCCGCCCUGCUCCCCGUACAGGCCCUCUACCGCGGCACCGGCCUCACGCCGCGCGUCACGGCCAUCGCCGCCGGCGGCCGCAACACGUACUUCACGGUGGACGCGGCGCGGGCGGCAACAACGACCCCGACGUCCAACCCCGCCGACAGCAGCAACAGCCUCGCCGCGCAGCACCAGCGCCGCCGCACACCCCCCGUCACGGCCGACACCUGGGCCUGCGGCCAAGGCAUCUACGGCGGGCUCGGCAACGGCCGCUGGACGCACAUCCAAGGCCAGCCGGUCAAGAUCCCCUCGCUGUCCGCGCUAUUCGAGUACUCGGAAACGCAGAACCAGACGCUGCCGAUCCGGCUCGCGCGCCUCAGCGUCGGCGCCAACCAUGCCGCCGCCGUCAUGGCCAACGAAGCGCACGUGGCAGCGGGGCCCGCGGCCGCCGGCGCCUCCGUCGCAGACACGAACUGGGGCGCCGACGUCGUCUUUUUCGGCGCGAACCAGCACUUCCAGAUCGGCACGGGCCGGCGCAACAAUGUCGCUGUGCCGACGUAUUUGGCGCCGUUGGACCACGCGGCCGAGAGGCGCGUGCGUGGGAAGGAGGAACAUCGGCUGCAGAUUACGCCGCGCUGUCGGGUUAGGGUUAAUGGCAGGAGCGUGGAUUUGGAGCAGCGGGUUGAGUGUGGGAGGGAGGUUACGGCGGUGUAUUCGGGGGUUUGAGGGCGCGGGUGUGCGUGAGAGAGAGAGUGUGUGUGAGUGUGAAAAUGAACGGAUGUACGGACGGACGGACGGACGGACGGAGUCUUCUGCUACUGCUGCUACAUGCAUGCUACUGCGUAUCUUGGAGCGGCGUUUGGAUGUUUGGAUGGCUAGCUAGUUCUUGGGCUUAGUACCUACCUAGGUAGGUAGCUGGGUAGUCGGGAAGCGGGGGCAGCGCCGGGAACCAAAAAAGGUGACAAAACGAGGAGGGAAAGGAGGAGAAAGAGAAGGAGACGACGAUGGCGUUCAUGCAUGCCUGUAUAAUACCUACCUCUCCGCCACACAAGGCCCGAAAAAGCACGUUUGCUACUUAUACGAUAUAUAUACAUAC